CUUUCAGGUCGGAGAAUGAUGACGCCUCCUUGGUCCCUUGUCUGUCUCGCCGUGACACUUACUGCCGUUUCAUCACAAUUUCUUGCUGAUGGAGGUGAGAACGAGAAACGAAACGAAUUUUCACGAGACAUUAUGCAUUUCGGCAAGCGAGCAGCACCUCGUGUAGCAAGAUUCGAUAGUUCUAAUCCAGGAUUCGAGCGAGAGAUGAUGUCAUUCGGUAAACGAGUGCCGUCAGGAUUCGAAAGGGAUAUGAUGAGCUUCGGCAAGAGAGCACCAUGGUUUGGAUGGGGAGGUCGCGAUUACUUUAGAAGACAAUGGCGAUAUCCUAGCGUAAGAACACAGACAUUCGAACGUGAAUUUCUGCCAUUUGGAAAGCGAGAAUUCAACGACUUCAACCGCGAUAUGAUGUCAUUUGGAAAGAGGGAAGACUUCGACCGCAAUUUCAUGUCAUUCGGACGAAGACGACGGUAAAGCUGUCACAGGUCACUGAUCUGUCUUCGGCCUUUAACCACCAUGUGCAGUUUCGUUUACGGCCAUGACUACCCUAUGUUGAUCUCUUUUGUACUAUUUGAUUAUUAGUAUGACUUGUCCAUACACCAACACAUUUUCUGCGCCAAAGAUAAAUCCGUUGAACGGUUUUUUUGCUUUCCAUUAUUUUUCAAUAACAUCAAUGAUUUUUCUUUUGACAAUGACAUCUUGUUUCUUUACUCGUUCCCAACAUCUGAAAAUGAAGUUGCUUUGCAAAUCAUAGUCGUUUUUGUGAUACAUAAGUUUAUUUUACUUUUUUAACUUUUGUUCAACAAGAAUGCAGUAA